AGUCGUGUGGGAGGAGUUAAAGUAAGAUGGCUGCGGGAAAGGGAAGAGUGUUUGAGAAAUCAUCAAAUGGGAUGUUUAUCUGUCUCUAACAGGAUGCACAGCAGCCCGAAUGAAGGAGUGGUUAAUUUGUUAGCUUCCCCGGCUCAAUAUGGUCUAGCUCGCCAGGUGUCUCCAGGUUACUUGCGUGCUGGUCAUCCGUUUACUGCUCUGACAUUGUGGAAUUCAUUAGCAGCUAGUCGUUAGCAACCUACCAGCGCUAACUUACUAGCAACCAGCUAGCAGGUAUCCGUGGAAAUCAGGACCUCGCAACAACUGUUGAGACUUCUACAAAAAUAUCAAAGCGCAGAGGGGCCGUCCUGACUGGCUAUGGAGUGGUGUUGGCUUCAGACUGGAUGACAGGGUGUACAGGGCGGACAGGGUCGCACAGAUUCUAGAGCAGCAACGGGCUUUUCCUAGAUGUACACUGACUGGCAGUGACAGCGCGUUUGCAGCAGACCUCCUUCCCCUCCUCCUCUCUGUUUGGAAACACUCUCCCUCCCCUUGCUCCCCCCUCUUCUCCCCAUCUCCCUCUCCUCCCCCUUCCCACAUCUUUCCCUUUUCUUCCCUCUUAAUUUCUGUUGCGUCUAUAUUCCAUUUAAAUCUUUUAAUACGGGAACUCCCUCCAUCAUCUUUGAGUUCUUGUGACCUUUGACCUGCCUCUCACUGGGUCCAGUAUGAGCUGGCUGAGCAGGUUGAACCCGCGGGGUCCUGGGAGUCGGUCCGGCCGCAGUGCCGCCCCCUCCAGCCCCUGCACUGCUGACCCGGAGACCUGCCUGAUGGUGUUUGAGAACCACUGGAGACAGGUCUCUUGGGUGUUGGAGCAGCAGGAGCCUUCAUCCUCCAGCGAUGACCUGACGGCAGUGAGGAAUCACACCGACCAGAUGUUAUGUCUGCUGGCAGAGGAGCGGCCUGCUGAGAGCCCAGAGGGUGCCGCUGGAGUGGCACCCAUGGGCCCCAUACUGGAGCUGGUGGUCACAGAGAAUAUUCUAGAGUGCCUGGUUCAGUGGCACCUCCGCCGCGGACUGGACCCUGACAGCCAGGGGGCGCUGCUCAAGCUGUUUGAGAUGCUCAUCGGCCAGUCCCAGCAGCCUCUGCUGCAGCACACAGCCGUCCUCCACUCCCUGCUGAGGCUGCUGGGAGCUUGCGCUGACCCAGAACUUGGUUGUCCUUCAGCCCUGGAAAACAGCCUGGUACUGCUGCUCAACCAGAUCUGUGUGUCCAUGGCGCGGCAGCCUGUGGUUCUAGAGAUGUUUUUCCGGGCAUCACCAGCUCAGCAGGGCUCCACCAAUCUGCUGAUCUUCUCCCUCCUCGUGCCGUUCAUCCACCGGGACGGAGCCAUCGGACAGCAGGCCCGAGACGCGCUGCUGCUGGUUAUGGCGACCUCGGCCAGCCACGAGGCCGUGGCACGUUACAUCUCUGAGAACUCCUACUUCUGCCCGGUGUUGGCGACGGGCCUCAGCGCUCUCUACUCCUCUCUGCCCAGGAAGAUUGAAGUUCGAGGAGACGACUGGCAUGCCCUACGGCGGGAGGACUGGAUGGGCGUGUCAUCUCUCGUGCUGUUCAUGAACUCCCUGGAGUUCUGCAACGCUGUGGUGCAGGUUGCUCAUCCCCUGGUCCAAUCGCAGCUCCUGGACUACCUCCACAACGGCUUCCUCGUGCCCGUCAUGGGACCCGCGCUGCAUAAGUCUUCAGUGGACGAGAUGAUUGCCAGCACCGCCUACCUGGACCUUUUCCUGCGCAGCGUGUCGGAGACGUCCCUAAUUAAAACCUUCCUGCGCUUCAUCCUGCUGCAUCGCCACGACAACGACACCAUCCUGGACACGCUGCUCACACGCAUCAGCAGUAAUUCAAGGCUCUGCAUGGUAUCGUUGAGCCUCUUCAGGACUCUUCUGUCUCUGAACUGUGAAGAUGUCAUGCUGCAGCUCGUUCUCAGGUAUCUACUGCCCUGUACCCAUGUAAUGCUGAGUCAGCGUCGUGCUAUCAGGGAGACUGACCUGUACGGAAAGUCGGCAGACAAGUUCCUGUCCCUGAUCCCAGAGUGCUGCCGAGUGAAUGCAGCGUCCUCUGCUGAGCGGGACGAGGAAAAUGCAUUAUGGGCCAAAGCAGUGAACAGUCCCAGCAAAGAGUCUCCAGCACCAGCCAGACCCAGCACCCCAUCCCGCUUAGCCUUCUUCAUCCGCCAACAGAGCAGGGAAGGUGGAUCAGGAGGAGGGGGUCCCGCUACCCCCACCAGCAUGGAGCCACUGCAGUCGGGUCCUUCCAGCUCACACCCCAUGUCCCCUGACAGCCCCAUGCACCAGCAGCAGACUAACACAGACUGUCUGGACUGGGAUUCGGGUUAUCUGCAGUACCUCAAAGACUCCCGGCGAGGCAUUGAGAUUUGCUCCUGGGCCUGCCGUGACUGGUCUGCGCCCUAUGAUGGUGAAAACCCCUCCCCGAACACGGCCCCUCCACCCCCACCUCCCCCUACCGCGAAUCCUUCCAUGGCUAUGUUCCCUGAGCACUUCUCUUUCCAGCCGGGAGGAAGCAGCAACACCCCUCCAGGCCAGCAGAGGGCGGCCAUUGUUGCUGCAGCACGGUCCGAGUGGAGCAGCUCAGAACGGGACAGCGGCGAGUGGGACGUUACGAUCGGCAAGAACAACUGCAUCAGCCUCACGCCACGCUCCAAGAAACGCAGCCUGCAGAGAGAAGAGCUCCUGCCAAAGCCUAUACCUCGUCUCGUCCCCUCCUCCUCGCCUUCAUCCAACCCUUUAUCGACUUCCCACCCCGCCUCGUCCCCAGCACCUCACAAUCCCACCUCCACCAUCACUGUUAGCUACCAGGCCAUGUACAAUGGAACGAUGGCGCAGGGCGACGGGUGCUCAGACAAUCGAGACAGAGGACUGGAGGUAAAGAAAGUGAAGAGAGACUUAGGGGAGCAGCAGUAUUUGGAUGAAAACGCAAAUCAAAAUGGAUCCCUUGUCACCUGCUCCUCCCAAAGCUGCACCGCUCUCCCACAGUCCAUUUUUAGUAACAGUGAAAUGAGUGACGCAAAAUCGCUUUGCCCUAACCAGAUUUCCUCUCAAAGCCCCGUCACCCAGCCGACGUCUGACACCAAACUGCUGACCAGCGACACCUCAAACCCACACAGUGCAUCCUCAGAUCUUCUAGAAGCCAAGCAGGCGCAACAAUCUGUAGAGAGUCUUAUCCAGGAGCUGCUGGAGCAGGCACCAGGAGAACCGCAGCUCCCUGGAGACUCCAACGGCCAGGGCAUCAGCAUCGAGGCCUUCACACAGGAGCUGAGGGAGCUGGAGGACCGGGUGAAGGAACGCAGCAGAGCAGCCUUCCAGCAGGAGGAAACUGCCAGAGAGUCUGUGUCUUCUGAGCGACAAGAGGAGGAACAACAGCUGUCGUCAGCCCCGGAGGUGAAGCUGACGGGUGACGCAAAGGGAGAAGGGCCUAUGGUGGGCCUCUGCAGUCCUGCUAGACCACUAAAUCAACCUGCCUCUCAGCCGUACACAGGUCCGUUCAUGGUUGUAUUGUUUGCCAAGCUGGAGAACAUGCUCCAAAACUCGCUGUACGUCAACAUCCUGCUCACGGGCAUCGUAGCCCAGCUGGCCUGCUAUCCUCAGCCUCUCCUACGCUCCUUCCUGCUCAACACCAACAUGGUCUUCCAGCCCAGCGUCAAGUCAUUGAUCCAGGUUCUAGGUUCUGUGAAGAACCGUAUCGAGGCGUUUGCAGCCUCCCAUGAGGACUUCCCCGCCAUGCUGAAGAAAGCCCAGCAGUACCUGGUGGCCCGAGGCAAAGUGGACUGGGCUGACUCGCCUGCAGCAGUUCCUACCCUGCGGCGCUCUGAUUCAUUAGUAAAGAGCCGUAAGCCAUCUCUCGGAGACCUGAUCCUGCGCCACACCAACAGCCCGACCCGGGCUCGACACGCCGCUCAGCUGGCCCUCGCACAUGUACGGGACGGCAGCCAAUCUCUGCACAGCGCUCUGUUCAGAGGCGCUGGAGGGGCCUCUGGCCUGGAGAAGCAAGCUGAGGCACUGCGAGUGAAGAAUGCCGUCUACUGUGCCGUUAUCUUCUGUGAGUUCCUCAAAGAGCUGGCUGCCCUGGCUCAAGAGCACUCUGUCACUCUGCCUUUCCCUCACAGCCAGGAGGCAGAGGAAUAGAAGGUGAACUCCUUAAAUCUUAGCCUCCAUUUCUAUCUGAUUAGACUGUAAAAAGAGUUCUAUAGGAUUCUCCCAUCACCAGAGGGACGGACUGAAGCAUUGAGAAUUCCUUGUCACUGAAGUGGGUCGUCUGCAAUGACGCAGACAAAAAGACGAGAUGAUGACGGUGGCAUUUUUGUACCAAAAUCGUUAUAGGAUACCUAAUAUGACUGGAAGAAUUUUCCUCAUCUGUACACUUAUACGAUAUUGUGCAUAUCAUGUAUUAUAUUUACAUUCUAUACACAGAAAAUCUCAGUAAAUGCUUGAGGUUUAGAAGCUUGUACAUACAGAUGCCAUGUCAUGGUAUAAUGUGACGCAGUAAAGCCACAGGUAAAAGAAAUAGAUGAACAUAUUGGUGCUAGUCUCUUUAUGUUUUUUAGUUGAAAGGGUGCUUUCAGGCGGCACAGAGGAGAAGAAAGUUUUGUCCUCAACAAAAUUAUAAAAAAAGACAAACACCAAAAAAUUGUUUGGCAGGAACACAUUGAAAGUGUAGACUCAUCUAUAACUACAACGUGAUCCAAUCAGCUUUGGCCAUCUCUGUACGACAAGCUCACGUUUGCGUUCGUCCUCCGUUAAGCACUGGCCAAUAGAGACGGCUCACAGGGGAACAGUCAAUCUUCCUCAGAGCGUCUCAAAUGUCCAUUUUAUUUUUUUAAAGGCUGCUCUGCUGCAAAGACUAGUCAUCAAUGAACGAGACGAAAACUGGAACACACAGGUAAGGGAGAGUGCCACUUUCUCUCCUGCCAAUCAGCACGGCCAACACAAAUGUACUGGAAAACUUUGGGUAAUGAAUACCAUUUUUUUUUUUUUUUUAAUCAUUUUGUUUUUGUCUCUUGCAUUUGCACCAUUUUCUAGACAUAUCUACAGCGUGCGGGAGCAGGUGUGUCUGUCGUUGUGUAUUUGAGGUUUAGUUGAACAUUUCUUUGAAUGACUCCUUUCUAAAAGGUGACGCCAACUCUUCAGGCCAUCAGUAAGCCAUUCACCUGUUGCCAUAAAGGAGGCUGUUGGAUUGAACAGGCAGCGCUGCUUUAUAAUUCAUACUUUUUGUGUGUCAUGUAGUCUUUUUAAAAGACGAGUCUGCCAGAAAAAAAAAAAGGUAGAUGUUUUUUUCUAGGGAGCGUUAUAUCAUUUCUAUUAACUUUUAACUGACAUUUGUAAAGGUCCUCAUCGGGCAUUCACUGACAUUUCUUUAAACGGUUCUUUAGUUUGUGAGCUAAACAUGAAGCUUGUACGAAGCAAUUUCACUUUUUUCCAUUUUUGGUUUUUAGAAAUAUUGUUUCUUUAGGAUGAGACGGGCCAAAAUGAACAUACGACUGCUCAUGUUGGACUUGCUGCUAUGCUUUUUGUUUUUUUUUAACACUUACCCCCAUUUGUAUUCGUUUAAUAGCUACUAUCUCUUCAUUUUAUUGUUAGGUACCAAGUAUAAAUGUGCAUGUGAGGAUGUGCCGGAGUCAGUGCCAGUGUUGUGAUCGACGUGUAAUUUAUUUUCUCGUGUCUGAGGUUGAAUGAAGUCGCAGCCACAGUGUUAGUAGCAUUUGCCAAGAGGAAAUUCGUAUAUAAAAAAACAAAAAACAUUCUCAACGUUCACUUUGUUUUAUAAAAUGGUAAUUCUUAAUUGUACAGUUCUGUCAUUUCUAAAUAAUUUUCUUGUUCUUUUCUGUAACACUUUCAAAUUAUUAUGAAAUGAAGAACCUGUAAAAUGAAGCAUUAUUUGUAAGAUCCAUCUUGCUAUGCUCCAGCUUUUUGUGAAUUCCUUUGGUUUCCUGCACAUUCUCUCUCAACCUUUCGCAGCAGAGAAGCUGCUAAAAGCGUCUGCCAUCCUGCAAAGUCUUAAUCUUUGAACACCACAUAUCCAUGGUCGUCAUGUUUGUAACUGUAGUACUUUAUUGCUGCUGUAACUCACUUUUCUAUGGAAUUUCUAGACACAUUUCGUAUCACCCUGCAGUUUUUAUACCAUUUAGUUAAGAGUUUCCGCAUGCCUGUUGAGGCCAGGUUUAUAAUUAAAUAAUAAGGAUAGUGAAGAGUAAGUUUUCUUUGGUUUGUGCAAUAGUGCAGAGCUGAAACUAGCUUGCAGUAGGUUUUUAGAGGUCAGUAAGGCAUCCUGGAGAUCAGCGUUUCACACUGAAUGUUUGCUCCUGUUAAUUCAAUUUGAUAGAGAAAUCACUUCUGUAUUUUACUCACUGCCAUCCGAACAUCCAUCCAUCCGUUCACCGAGUCAGGUUAAUGUUUCCCGUGCACAGAUCUAGAUCACCAGGUCUACGUUUACACUCAAGAUUGUGUUUUUAAACUAUUUUUUACAAACACUUCUGUUAAAGACGUGGGUCAGUCGCAUUGUUCCGAAGACCUGUCAGUCAGUUAUCUGUAUUUGCGUGACUCAUUCGUGGACACCAAAGACAUCUCUGACAAUGCUGAAACUCCCAGUGUCUCUAAGCAAUCCGAUCUGUAAUGAACCUUAUUAAUGUCGCACUUGUUAAAUGCUGAAAGGCCUAUAAAUAAACCCACAACAAAAGGUACCAAUGUCUAACAUACUACACUUACAAUAAAAGUAAAAUACAAGGACAUGAUUAUGAUAACAUUUUAUUGGCGCGACAACAUUGUCAGAAGUCCAAACCUGUAAGAAUAAGACCAAAGCUGCAAUAAACCGGAAUCAUCCCCAAAUAGGAGACAUUUACCAGCUGAAGCUCAUUGGACAGGGCUCGUGUUUUUUUUUUUAACUCGUCCAUCAUUUCUAAAAAAGGGAGUUGCUCAGUAACCCUGAGAUGCAAAACCUAAAUAGUUGGCAUUUGUCCUAUGUGACUGAUUUUAUUUCAUUCUUUCUCAUUUGGGAUUUUCGCCCAUGUACCCCUGUCUACACUCCCUGCAGUCAUUGUUCACUGCUUACUGUUGUUUUUAACAUUUACUUGUAUUUAAUUUUUAAGAACACAAAGACGAUAGAUGUGGCGUUUGUAAGGGGGGCGUUAUUACAAGGGAAUAUCUCCUGCCUGUUUAAUUUAGUACAGCGCUGAUAUGGAGAUACAGUCGAAUAAAACGGGCCGUUUUGGCAAAUAUGAUGUAGGCUGUGUGGUUACCGUGAUGGACUACCUAGCUUCACACUCCACAAGAACGGCAGCAAGUGGCUUCCUCUGCUGGUAGACAAGUGAGACCUCAUACUGUUUAGGCACCAGUUGGGAUCGUGGGCAGCCUGUUAAAAAACACACACACCAAUACUGAUUUACAUUACAGAAAGGGGUUUUGAAUAUGCAGUAACUACGAUCGCUGGACGCUGAAGCCAACACAGAAAUGUCUUUAACUGCAGCUCCUUUUUAAUGGCCACCACACACACACACACACACACACUGUCACCAAAUGCAUCUUACUGUCAUGAAGUGACGAGAGAAAACCAAAUGAAUAAAGUGUUAUGUUUGUGAUGUGUUGGCUUGAUAAACAUGCGUCUCAGCUGUGGUGGUUGACGUUUCCUUGUCUGUAGUUUAUCCGCUUGAUCACUUUGAGAUUUUUUCCGACUGUUAUCUGACAGACUGUGGUGAGCGGUGAACCCAAAGCUAAGCUUCAGGAAAUGUCGUCAUGUCACAGAUGUUUUUUUAGUUUGUGUCUGCGUUUCAGACAGAAUGUACUUGAACACUACAAUUGAUCUAUCGGAGUUAAAAAUAGCAUCAGAUACUUCACACACUCUGUUGUUUAUUUGUGGUUAAAAUUCAAAGCAUGUUGUUUUGUUUUUUAUAUUUAAAGGGUAAAUGCAAACAGGAAGCCAAAGUCUUCAACUGUCAAUGACUUUCAUUUGAAUAAGAAUUAUAGCACGGCCUUUUGUUCCCUCACCCCCCCCCCCCCCCCCCCCAACAAGGUUUCCUACUUUAAAUCUGCAACACAUUUCAGUUUCAAACACACUUACAGUUUGUUCUUUUCUGCAAGUGAUUUUAACUGUGUGACUAUAACUAUAGAAACACUUUGGGGCUUUUUAUUUUUAGCUUUGAAAAUGUAUCCAGUUCAUCUGAAAAGGUUGCAGAUUUUGUUUUCACAGCUGAUUUCUUUACACAUCAUGUACACACGUUUUUUUUAAUUGAUUUCUCAUGUGUUGACUUGUAAUGCUUAUCACGGGAUGUACAGUAUCUUCUCAAUUUACCUUUUUUUUUCUUUGAAAAGCGUUGACUCCCCCCCCCCCCCUCCGACCGAUUUCUCCCAUGUGAUCUAUGCAAACCCUGCUCUGGUGUCCCCCGUUUGAGGCUGACAGAUGAUGUGGACUGAUUCAAUGUGUAAAUACUGUAAAAAAAGAAAAGAAAAGAAAAAGCAAUGGGUCUGAAAUGCAGAGGUAUGUGAACUAACCAACAGGACAGAGUGAAAAUCAUGCUAAAAAAUAAUGUAAUGAUGAAUGUUGUCAGAAAUAUUUUUCUAUAUUUUGAAAUCAUUAGAAAAAAAGGACAAAAAUACAAAGUGGGAAAAGCUGUCACACGAACACUACAAAGGGAAUGUUUUUAUUAAUUUAUAAAUUCUUUGCCUAGCAAUAUC